AUGCAUAUCGCCAUGCGCAGCGCACUGCUGGCUCUGCUCCCGCUCGCGGUGUUGGGCGCCCGCAAGCGUGAUGUCGCUUCUACGCCUUUCCAGCUGUAUGCAUACAGUGAAGACAUUGGUGGCUUGCCACUCUUCUAUGCCGAUGGUCUUGCAUAUCUCGGAGAGCCUGCUCUUUCCAACAGUACCGAUGCUGCUGUCGUAACCUUCACAAUCGAUGCCAACAAACACUUCAUUGGAAACCCCAACGCUACCACCGCUACCGGUGAGCCCACCUGGUCAAAUACAGCUCUCUUCAUUCCUUCGUCAUCAUCGGUCGACAGGCGCGUGGGCUUUCUCCCACCCAACAACGGCACUGGCAACACCACGACUCAAACAUCGGGUUUCGCUUUCUACGGUUCCACGGUGAUGUUGUAUGGUGAAGAUGGUACGGUUGCCACGUCAUUCUACGGCAUGAAGGCUGAGAACGGCCUGUAUGAGUUGCAUUGGAACGACACGGAAGGCAAGGUGCCUUUGACACUUCGGAGCAUGGCGCCUAGCAGUGAAGCGUCGAAGCGACGUUGA